GUCUGCUGUAGCAUAAGGCGAUCUUGUUCGGACAUUCGUACGAGCUGUGAGUCUCCGUUCGACAUAUUGCAAAGUGAUAAUUUCUGAUAGGGGUUUGGUUUUGAAGUUGGUUCUCAGGUUUGAAUGCUUCACUAUUGCAGAUGCAAUUCUCACCCUAUACUCGUAUUUCGGCACGAUCGUACGAACCUCGGCUAUUAUCGUCACAUUCCUCCUCUUCUUUAAUUAAGGGGUUCAUUACUUCCCUUAUUAAGUAAAGAGUGUGGUGAUAGUGCGGUUCUUGUGGGGCUCCGAACGAAAAUCCUGCUCCUUAGCAAUCUUUCGUUCGAAGCCCUCGAAGGAUCCAGCUAGAACUGGGCUCCUUUUUCAAGCAAUUGCUACCAGAUGUGAUUUUCCGAGCGCGAACCAAACUUGUAGAAUUCAAUGGGGCCACGGCCUUUACUUAUGCCGUCGCCCCUAAGCUACUCUACCGUACGAAACUACACUAAUAUGACUACGUUUCACUAAAUGUAGUUGCCUGAUUCUGCCUGAUUCCUAGGGCCAGAAUCACACCCGACCACUGGAGAAACCACAUGAUUUGUGUGUCAUCCCGUACCACGGUACUUCCUGCUCCAACACGUUUUUAACAUAAGUAAUGGCACGUGAUAUAACUGAGUUGCCAAGUGAGUAAUCCUCAUUCAACAAUACUCGGGACAUGAGUGAGUAACUCAGCUGGGUGAGUGAAAAUUCUACUACUCGACUCGUGAGUACCCAGUGCGCAGCCUAAUCACGGUCUGCGCCUCCCCAACAUUUCGUUGAGUGGCAUUACGCCACCAACACUAACUUACUUCCUUCGUUGGGUGUUCAUCGGUGCAUCUGGUGGAUAAGCUUGCAUGGAGAUCUGUCUGCCUUGUCCACUUGUCUCCAUAUCCGAAGGAUUCCCAAGACCCAUAGAGUGGACCUUUUGUCAGCCUACCCCCUCUAUUUAGCAUUACUUUAUUUGUGAGGCUGAGCUGAGCUGGAGCAGCCACGGUCGGCUCAUAACUUCCGCUGCCAACUCAUCCAACAGAGAAAGUAUUUAUCAGCUGGUGCCUGCCUCGUUGUUGUCGCCUUGUACAAGUCAUCCAAGACAAGAAGCUCGUGCUUGUUCUCGCCCUUGGCAUGCCUAAAGCGACCACUCUCCAAUAUGGCACUUCUCAAACGCAACUCCCAAUCCGUAGCCUCCAACCAACCAGCUGGCACUAAUGUACAGAAUGGCCAGGCCAACGGCGUGCGCCCAGACUCUGUUGCUCAGGCACCUCCAACAUAUACCCCCACUAAUGGCAACCCUACCAACCUCACCGAGGCGGAGAUGAUGAACGCGGCCGCAGAGAAUGGGAAUGCUGCUGGGGCCCAACCUGACAUUGCAUGGGCCUUCUCAAAUCUGACGAUCAAGGAGAACGGUAAUGGUUUCCCUACUCCGGAAGAGACUCUGGGGCAUCUCAAGCUUCUCGAGGCAUUCUAUGCGCUUAAAGACGAGGUCGCAUAUACCGACGGGGCCUUUGGGCUAUUCGAUUGUCGGGCUCCUGGUACAGACGAAUCCGUUGCUGGAGACCAACCGGCUACGAUCAAGAGACUCGAGGCCUUGGCUCAGAUUAGGGAAAAGAGAUGGGCUCUGUACGUGGCACGAGCUGCGGAUCGGUUCGAGUCGUGGUGGACCAAGGUCCUCACUCCUAUGGAUAAAGCAUUCUGCAAUAGUCUAGGCCCAUCAUUGGGGGUUUCGAGGCUACGCACAUCCGAUCUUACCGCUGUAUUGUGGGUUAAGUUUGUUGACGAGCCUGCAUUUACCAAGUGUCCCAACCACCCUACAAAACGCUGGAAGCAUCUCCAAUGGGUAUGGACUCGUGAUAUGCUUCCUCCUCUCGAUGUCCUCAUGGUUUGGCAUUCUUUCAUGCUCAACCCGCGCAACUAUCUGGAAGACUGUAUGCGGUUCGGACUCAGAGACACGUGGUACGCCGGAGUACCAUGGAAAGCCGUCAAUGACUCUAUCAAUGACAGCUUUUACUACGAAGUCACUGAUGCUGCAAAAACCAAAUGGGCCUGUUCAACAAGUCGGCCGUGGAGCAAUUUAGACGAGGCCUCCGUGAAGUCCUUGAAGUGUCCGCGUUGCUCGACUUUACAAUCCAUCCCAUGGACGACAGCCUCCAUGGAGGAAUCAGCCCGCCACAAUUGGGACAUGAAGUAUGUGGGCCACGGCUAUGCGGAGGCAGACCUUCGAGGGACGUGCCCCUUAUGUAACCUGAACAUCACCCACGAUAUUCUCAGGGUCGCCAAAUUCAAACGAGAUGCCGAGGAUCUAUUGCGAUCCGAUUACCCAAUGGGCGGCACUGUUGUCCCCGGGAAAGGCGGGACGCCACUCAAUGUGCGCCUCCAUGAGGCGACCUAUGGCCCACAGUCGUUUCCAAAUCGACUCAUUAAAGAACAUUUGAGAACACAGGUUCUUGACCUCAAUAAAGAGGACUAUGGCAGCCAAUUCUGCAGGACCGGCAACUUAAUCUACGUUCGGACCCUGAUUGAGGAGUCUAUAGGGGAUAAGACUAUCAUUGCAAAGAUCAAUGGGUAUAAAACCAGCGGGAAAAUGUACCCAGACGAACGUCUGGCCGUGAGACACAUGAUGUCAAGAUAUUGGACUAACCACUCACUCUUCUCUAUGGAGCUCAGCUCAGCUGUAAUUCGCCAGGGCUCCUUCGUGGACAAGAUGCACAAGAUCGACUGGCUGCAUAGCCCAACGGCUCUCUCCACGAUGGAGCGUCUCCUGGUCAAAUACGAACGCUUCUUCCGCAUUAUGGCAUCCAACCCCAAACAAACGGCUGUUCCAACCUUGGAUGUCGACCUUGCUUGGCACACGCACCAGCUUAGCCCGAGAGAAUAUUACAAUUUUUCAAUCCGAAUGACAACCGAUCGCUUCAUCGACCACGAUGAUAAGAUUGAUGAGCAAAAGCUCAGCGACGGCUUCGAAUGGACGUCCAAGGAGUAUGAGAGGAUCUAUGGCACGGUCUAUUCCGAAUGCACCUGCUGGUACUGCGAGGCCAUUCGCGCCAAGCACGUGAGCUCAGCCAACAGCAUCUUCAAGAAGACCUCAAAGCAUGACAAGAUCUCUGAUGAGUUCUACAAGAGCGGCGCAGCCCACUUCUGCCCGCCCAGUAACAGCGCGCACAUCAGCGCGCACAAUGCCGUGCCCGUGGUGAAUGGCGAUCCGAUGAACAGGAGAGUGGCAGAUAGGCUUGCUGCAGCGCGGAAGAAGCAGCUGGACGAGGCCUACGCAAAAGCAUGCAAGCGCGCCAUCAAACGAGGCAGACCUGUGCCACCGAAGGAGCAGUUCGUUGCUAACCACUACGGGAUGGCUUAUGCCUCGCCAUACCCUUACGGGAUGAUGUACAUGACGGCCUUCAUGUACCCGUACGGCCUAUACUAUAUGCCGAUGGGGAUGGGUGUCUACGGCGCAUGUGCGGCUGGUACGUGCAGCGGCGGAGGGUGCGGUGGUGGAGGAGGUUGUGGUGGGGGAUGCGGUUCUGGUGCUGCAUGUGGCACCGGUGGUGGUGAUGGAGGAGGAGGAGGAGGAGGAGGAGGAGGAGAUGGGGGGGGUGGAGGUGGAGGGUGUGGUGGUGGCUGCGGUGGCUGUGGUGGAGGUGGUUGAAGUCGAUGGUUUGGUUGGGAGUUUGUUGGGAGUUUGGCAUCGGUCUUUUUAGCAAUUCGCGUUUUGUUCAUUGCUUUCAAAGCGACUGAACUUUAUUCUAGUACUCAUGCAUCCAAGUCACUAGGGGAGGAUCGUGCGUUGCAGUCACGUAGAGGGUUAUGCCUUUCAGCAUAACUUUGAAGAGGCGGAGAAUUCCCGAUCGAACCUCGGCCCCAGCUCAGGUCUUCCCCGCAACGACAGCGCUAAUACCGACAUUGUCCCGAGAAAACGCUCCACUUCACCCCACUGCCGACCACCGCCAGCCAUCCAAAUCCUCGAAUCCUCGAAACCCCAGCUGUUAAACACCAUGCA